CAUCACUUAUCCACAACACAUUCAUUCACAUCAGGGAAAGACGUUAAGAGUGAUUCACUCCCGAAUCACAUCACUCGCUCUUAUUUGCAGAAGGAAAGAAAAGUUUCCAGAAGAGUUUUUGUGCUGAGUUACUUUGUGAGAACACAAUGAACUUUUUGAUUUCUUUUUUUGGUGUAAUUCUUACUCUAUGGCAAAUCGGGAAGAAUCCUGCCAAUGCCGGGAUGUGCUGGCUGCAGCAGAGUCAGGAUCAGAGGUGUGACAUGGUGCUGAUGAGAGGGGUGACCAGAGAGGAGUGCUGUGCCGGGGACCGACUGGACACAGCCUGGUCCAACACUAGCCUGCCCAUGAACGAGGUCAGCCUGCUCGGCCUCCUGGGAAUUGUCUCCUGCAAACCCUGCAAAGAGUCGUGUGAGGGAGUCAGAUGUGGCCCGGGAAAGGUUUGCAAGAUGAAGACCGGGAGGCCUCAGUGUGUGUGCUCUCCAGACUGCUCCCACAUCUCCAAGAGGCAUGCGGUGUGUGGAAGUGAUGGCAAGUCAUACAGGGAUGAGUGCAGUCUGCUGAUGGCCCGCUGCAUGGGACACCCUGACCUGGAGGUCAUGUACCAGGGCGAGUGCAAAAAGUCGUGCUCCAAUGUGGUGUGUCCCGGUACUCACACCUGUGUGACCGACCAGACCAACAGCGCUCACUGCGUGAUGUGCCGCACAACACCCUGCCCGAUACCCGUCACGACUGAGCAGCCCAUCUGCGGCAACGACAACAUCACUUACCCCAGCGCCUGCCAUCUCCGCCGGGCAACCUGCUUCCUUGGUCGCUCCAUAGGAGUCCGCCACUAUGGCAACUGCAACAAUCCUCCCAGGAAAACUCAAAAUUUGGAGGGCAGUGAGGAAAACGCAGUCUAAAUAGAUUAUUCGUGACAGAGCCGUUGUGCAGCCGAGAGCCUGCUUUUUUUUUUUUACCUUUGAUGGGUUGGUCAGCAGUUAUUUCUACAUGUCACUUCACUAGCUUCCCAUGAUGACCUCUAAGGUUGACGAUCAUUCACCCUACCCCUGGUACCUUGAAUGACAAUACAUUGUUUGGGGGGAAUAAUUUGGCAAACUGCUGGUGUAUGCUAUUCCAUGUUUGAUGCAUUGAUUGGGAGUUGGGUUGUGGAAUCAGUGGCAGAUGAAAGCGUUUGGUUUUAGAGAGAGAUAUAUGAUGUUGGCUCUAUGGGAGAUGUGUGCAUAUUGUAAAUAGAAUACCACUGCUAUUUAUUGGAGAAGGUAUUAAGUUUUAUUUAUGUUUUUAUCCUGUAUACAAGUCCAUAUAUCCCUAGAAAAGCUGAUGCAAAAAUGUAUUUAUUGUGUUCUUUUUGGGGGGGGGUUGUGUGUAAGUACAAUUAUGGUCACUGGUAUUCUUUCAACUUUUACAAUUUUUCACAUUUUUUUUUUACGUCUCCCCUUCCCAUGCACACGCACACACACACACGCACACACACACACGCACACACACACACACGCACACACACACACGCACGCACACACAUGCACAUGCAUGCACACACGUGCGUGCACACACACACGCACACACCUUUUUAUUUUUGCCAUGCUGCCCUUAAUGGAUGACAAAAAUCCUAAUUUGUUUGGAAACCCAAUACCACUUUACUGCUCGCCAAUGCCAAUGUGGUUUCACUUCCCCACAAACAAAAAAAUGGGACAACUGCAGCUUAUACUGUCUGAAUUUCAGCCUUUGUUUGCAGGUGAAAGAGGGACCCAACCCAAACAAAAUUAUACAGUGUCUCUCUUUUUCCUUCCCCCCAGCACACAUACACACACACAGACACACACACACACACACACAGACACACACACACACACACACACACACACACACACACACACACACACACACACACACACACAUGUUUAUGCUGGAUCUUAAUCAAAACUCUGGGCCACCCGCUGAUCACUGAAAUUAACAGUUUCGCUCCGUCUGUAGGAGUUUUAUACUGUUAGUUCAACCCCAAGCCUUCCACAAUACCUCCACUGUUGAAGCCUUGGCAUUGUGUAGUCUGUGUCAUUCACACACUCAUUCCAGUGCUGUCUUGCUGCUUUGAAUCGAUUGUGAUUUUGAAGAACUUACUUGACAGUCAAAUGCAAUUAGACUUGUCUGAUUAAAAGCAAAAUCAAAUUUGUCUGGGAAUGGCCCCGAUAACGCAGCCAACACAGACGAAUGUAUUUUGUUUGCUGUUGACACAUCUGCCCACUGAAAUCUACUAGAUGACAUUUCAACUGUCCGUUUUUUUCCACUGCCAGAGCGAUUCAAUUGAACAUUUGAACUCAAAACGGAUAUUGCGCGGAUUCUUUCGACGAUCCUGGUAAUAUCAAUGAAAACAUUUUUUUUCAUGAUCCAUAUGCAUUCUCUUGUAAAUGUAAGUCUCAGGUACCUGUGUACCUACUGUGAAAUUUGACUGAUAAAUGCAUCAACUUAUUUUUGUAUUUUUGUACUGCCAUUUUGACUCAACAUAAAAUAUAUUUGUCUCA